AUGUCUUAAAUCUGUUAUUUAAGGUAAAUUAUAUUUUAUCAGCUGUUUUCUUUNACAGCUAAUCAUAAUGAAGUGAGAUCACAUAAUUAUGCAAAUGUUCAAUUAAGGUAUAAAUCUUUAUUAUUCAGAUAUGACUUUGCUCCUACAACUGUUACUUAUUGGUAAACUAAAGAAGACAUUUUGCAUUUCUUAGUCCAAAUAUGUGCUGUGAUUGGAGGUAUAUUCACUGUAUCAAGCAUGAUUGAGGCUAGUGUAUAUAAAGUUAUGAGGAAUGUAUUAAAAGUUGAGUGA